AUGGAGAAUGUAGUGGUGCUGAUUGUUGGUGCUGGGCCAGCAGGCCUCGCAACAGCAGCGUGCCUUACCCAAUUGUCCAUUCCCUAUGUCAUCGUCGAGCGUGAGGACUGCAGUGCGUCACUUUGGCGCAACCGCGCAUACGAUCGUUUGAAGCUGCAUCUUGCGAAGGAGUUUUGUGAGUUACCACACAUGUCAUAUCCAGCAGAUGCACCAACAUACAUACCAAAAGCCCUAUUUGUCAAGUACAUAGAUGACUAUAUUGAGUGUUUCAAUAUUCAGCCGAAGUAUCUCACUAGUGUGGAGUCAUCAACAUACAACAGUGAGAAAAAAGUUUGGUCCAUCGUGGCUCACGACAUGGCAGAGUGCAAAAGAAUAAAUUUCACAGCAAAGUUUCUUGUUGUAGCAAGUGGUGAAAAUAGUGCAGAGAAUAUUCCGGUGAUCCCUGGACUUCAAAAUUUUCCGGGUGAGACCAUCCACUCAUCAAGAUACAAGUUAGGCAAGAGCUUCUCCGGUAAGAGUGUGCUGGUCAUUGGAUCUGGCAACUCCGGGAUGGAAAUCGCUUACGACCUUGCGACCCAUGGUGUCAAUACUUCAAUUGUUGUAAGAAGCCCGAUUCAUGUAAUGACAAAGGAGCUAAUCCGGUUGGGGAUGACACUAGCCCACCAUCUUCCGCUGAAUCUAGUGGAUAAACUCCUUGUUAUGGGGGCAAAAUUCAUGUUUGGAGACUUAUCAAGGCAUGGCAUCACAAUGCCAAACAUGGGUCCAAUGAUGCUCAAGUCAAAAACCGGCCGAUCCGCUGUGAUUGAUGUCGGCACCGUUGGUUUGAUAAAAAAGGGCAUCAUCCAAGUUCAAGGAAGCAUUAGUGAGAUCAUGGGAAAUAUAGUUAAAUUUCAAAGAGGAGAUGAAAUAUCAUUUGAUGCAAUUGUGUUUGCAACUGGAUACAAGAGCACAGCAAAUAUGUGGCUUAAGAAUGGUGAGGGGAUGUUAAAUGACAAUGGGCUGCCAACCAAAGAAUAUCCGAAUCAUUGGAAAGGUGAAAAUAGGCUCUACUGUGCUGGGUUGGCGAGGAGAGGGUUGGCUGGUAUUGCCGCGGACGCCAAGAAUAUUGCCAAUGACAUCAAAUCUGUGAUAAUCUCUAUGUCCAGCUAA